AGUGCCUCUCUUUACCCUUUGUGUCUCACAGAUAAUGUACAUAUUGUUUGUGAUGAAUUGUUCUACAGGAGAGGGAAAAAAGCUGUCCUACUAUGAAGGCAUGAUAUUAAUCACCAUAAUUUGCAGCUGAUUAAAGAGAGGGCGAGAGUGCGAGAGUUUUUUCUCUCGUUUCAACACCAUGCAUUUACAGCCAGGUUGAGCCUGGUUUCCAGGGCAACAGAAAUUCAGAAGCUUUCAGUACUCUGAGCCACAGUAAAAGCCCAAGGACCUCCAUCCAGGAAGAUUCUUCUGGAAACUAAUCCUUGUUUUGUCAAACACGCGAGGGGGAAGAGAGAUGGAGAUGGAGCUGUGAGAAAAAGCAUGCUUUUGGGUGCAGAAUAUGUAACACGUGGAUCGUGUGAAGGUGAAUGAUUUCUCUCUCUUCGACAACUGAAAGCCUCAGUGGUGCAUGAACAUGGGAAGCCUUAAGAACCCAGAGGAGGACCACCAGUGCCACGACGUCUUACUGGAGAGCCCCAUCCUAACCAACCACAGCCAGUGGCACGCUGACUCCAACUCCAACUCCAGCCCCGACCUCAACAGCGAGAGCGACGCUGCCAGCGACUGCCAGACUUCGCAGGGCACUCAGGGCUUGGACACGGGUAUGGCGAUGGAUCAACUGACCUCCCCCUCAGAGAGCUCAAAGGUGAGUGGCAGCAGCACCUCCCCCUCCCCCUCCCCCUCCUCCGAGGAGGAGGCUGACCAGGUGCGAUCUGAGCUCUCCCACGGGCUUGAGUCGUGCCAGUUUGAUCCCGUGCCAAGUCUUAGAGAGCCGCUGUCAGGGGUGGACCUGAGCCCAUCGCACGUGUCAGUAAACAGCGAUGACCGACCUGAUCAGCUGGGUGAUGGUGACGAUGAUGGUGACAUUAUGUCAGGCCAGUGCGACCAAUGGAGGGAGGGCAGCGGGGGAGAGAAGAGCUGUCCACCAAUCAGGCGAGACGUCAGUCAGGAGAUUACCAUACUGGUGACCAGCUAUGACAACUGUGUUGAAGACGAGGAAGAGGAGCCGGAGGAGGAGGAUGUUGGCGAGGAAGAAAACGAGAGAGGUGGGGAGCCUGAGAGGUCGAACUCACCGAACAACAUCAGAGAGGAAGAGCCGAGAGCCUCAAACCGAGAAGUGGUGGCCAUAGAAGGCUCCGAGGGGGCUGGGGAGGGCUUCAUUGUAGUGGCCAGCCUCACAUCAACAAGUGAAGUGGAGAGGCCCCAAAUAGUUGGCUCCAGCUCCGUGGAAACUGGCAGAGACGGUGUGUCUAAUGUCCAGCAUGAACAAGCUGAGGUGCACUAUGGUAGCAAAGAGUCUACUGAUCCCAUUAACAGCAAGAGUUCAGGUUGUUUACAGAAAGCCCAGUCUGAGGUUCAACAGCCCACGGAAGCAAACAGUCCACUCAAGGGUGAUCUGAACACAGACCCCAGCAAUCAAUGUUCUGAAAAGUCCAUUCACACAGAUGCUAAGCCCACUGUCUCUGGUAAUGCCAAUAAGAAUAAAGAUGUGGAGCCACUGUCUAGCACAAACAAGACCCAGAGCAGUGAAUCGACGGAACGCCUCCAGAAAGUCAAGACGCUGGAUCUCUCCAGUGGCGGGUUUAGUUCGUCUCUCGGCAAGACGGUGCAGAUGCAGUCCAGUCUGGAGGUGGCGUGCCACUCUGUGGCCACCAGUCCCAUGACUCCACCUGAAGGCUCUGCUGCAUUUCUUUUCCCAUACUCCUCAGCCAAAACAGGCAUGGUCAGUGCCAACACUGCAGAGAACAAGGAGUUCAAAUCAGUGGCAACUGCCCCGAUGAGUCCCCAGAACUUAACUGCCCCAGAAGCUAUACCCGAAGCUCGCAGUGCUGGGGUGGAGAUGAGAUCGGUAGCAACUGCCCCGAUGAGUCCCCUGAAUUUAACUGCCCCAGAAUCCAUCCCGGAGGCUUGCACAGCUGGGGUAAUGAUGCGAUCAGUGGCAACUGCCCCGAUGAGCCCCCAGAACUUAACUGCCCCAGAGGCCAUACCCGAUGCCCACACAGCUGGGUUAGAGAUGCGAUCAGUGGCAACUGCCCCUAUGACUCCCCAAAACUUAACUGCCCCAGAAUCCUUCCCGGAGGCUGGCACAGCUGGGGUAAUGAUGCGAUCAGUGGCAACUGCCCCAAUGAGCCCCCAGAACUUAACUGCCCCAGAGGCCAUACCCGAUGCCCACACAGCUGGGGUGGAGAUGCGAUCAGUGGCAACUGCCCCUAUGACUCCCCAAAACUUAACUGCCCCAGAAUCCUUCCCGGAGGCUUGCACAGCUGGGGUAAUGAUGCGAUCAGUGGCAACUGCCCCAAUGAGCCCCCAGAACUUAACUGCCCCAGAGGCCAUACCCGAUGCCCACACAGCUGGGUUAGAGAUGCGAUCAGUGGCAACUGCCCCGAUGAGCCCCCGCAACUUAACUGCCCCAGAGGCCAUCCCCGAGGCAUGUAAGGUUGGGAGUGUGAAGACACGUGUGAGCUUGGAGGUCAUGUGUCACUCAGUAGCAACAAGUCCUAUGACACCACCGGAAGGUUCUGCAGUUUUCCUCUUCCCAUCCUCAAAGCAUGUGGAGUUAAGAUCGGUGGCAACUGCCCCCAUGAGUCCUCAAGGCCUAACUGCCCCGGAGGCAAUCCCAGAGGCUUGCACAGCUGGUGCGGAACAGACUGCCCCAGAAUUCCUGCCCGAGCCCCGGGAGUUGGAGGCAGAUGGAGGCCCUCAGGAGCCUCUUGAACCCCUGCAGGAUGUAUGCUGGGAUGAGAAGGGCAUGACGUGGGACGUGUACGGGGCGGUGGUGGAGGUGAUGGUGCUGGGGACGGCCAUUCAAAAGCACCUGGAGAAGCAGGUGCAGAAGCACCACAAGCAGCCGUCCUCUGGCACCGCCUCCCCCACCCAAUCCCAAACCCAGACGCAGACCCAAAACGAGUCUGUGGCCGAGGCCCAGAGUCCUGCAGAUGGGGCCUCCACACCCGCCACAGGCCUGACCCCCGCCGGUUCCCAGAAGAGUCUGAACCAGAAAGAGAAGAAUGAUGGCGUGAAAAGGAACGGGCGGCGCAGGAAUCCCCUGAGGGUCCGUUUCCGCCGAUUCAAGUGGCCUAGCUGCUGUUCCCGCUCACGGCCAGAGGAGGUGCUGUGAAUUAGAGGUCAGGCCUCACCAAAUCUGUGCAGUUUCAUGCCACACAACCACACUGCUCUUGAACAUUUAGAACUAUGUGUCUUAGCAAACUACAUGUUAAUACAACUUUCUGACACCAUUUUAUUGAUUCUGUCGAGAACCAGAAAGACAUGUCUGUCAACAAACAUUUCAAAAGAAGCUAGAAUUUCUCAUUGCUUCAAAUUUUUUGUCUUUGGAUUAGAUUUGAAACUGAGAGACAGAGAAGAAACGAAUCAAAUGAAUGAGCAACCCAAGAGCAAAGAAUGUCCUAUUUUAUACGUGUGGAAAACAGGAAGUUCUCAAAACUUACAAUAGAAAUAUCUUGCUCAUGUUGUUAGCUCAAUGUGAAUCAAAUAAGGUCCAUACCUGCUUCAAUGUGAAGGAAAGAGCAUUCUGUUCUUUUCAACACCAUCACACGGUACACUGUGUACACAGCAUACUCAGCCGCCCAGUGGCCCACCAGCACAGUAGAGGAGUUCAAAUGCUAGUCAUCAGCUUUGAUAUCAAAGCUAUUUUGUUUCCCUGAGCACCAUGACAUUUUACAGAAUUCAAGUGAGGAUUUGUGUCGAUGUGCUUUGCUUUUAGGUUUGAAGUGCCCAUAUUCAAAGGGCUCACACAUCUAAAGCCAAGUGGAGCUCCGAUGUAAUUGCAUCCAGCCCAGCAGUAGUUGACUUCAUCGUAUAUGUUGAUAUUUUGUGAUGCCGCAGAUGUUACAUUUGGUGCAAUGUAUUUGUGUAUAUGAUUACAUUUCAGACAUAAAAGAGUAUAGGGAAAUAAUGGAAAGCAGUUUAUUGGAUAAAUAUCAUGUAUGUGUUGACACAUUUGUGUACAUUUGAUUCUUAUUGUACAGAGAGAAAUGAGCCCAUGAUUUCACUUGCACACAAUGGCGCGCAUUCAAUCUGUUAGAUGCAUAUGAUAU